AUGUUUAUGAAUGCAUUGAUCAAAGCUAUAAGUCUCUUACCAGAAUUUAAUACAUUAAAAAUUCAUUCUUUAUCAUCAUAUCGAAUACUAAUGCUCGAUUUUCACGAGUGUAUUAUGUCGAGUUUAAUAAAACAUACAAGUAAAAUUACAAAAGUAUAUCUUGAAAAGAUGUAUGAUAUUGUAGAUCUUAAAAUAGAUUAUACAAAUACUAUGGAUAUUGAAUCUGUUUUAAGAUUUAUUGUCGAAAAAAUUAAUCAUGAUUGUAAUGUUCAUCUUCGUUUAUUGUGUUUUCAUAUUUCAGCAGCAGAUGAUGAAAUUAUUCAAAAAUUAAAUAGAAUGAUAAAUAUUGAAAAACUUCUCUUGAAUUAUAUUAUUAAACGUAUGAUUGAUAAUAUCUCUAUAGAAUGGAUACGAUUAUAG